ACAGUCAGUCACAGUGCAGACUAGCAACACACUCACACACACACAACGCCCUGUUGGAGAGAGAGAGAGAGCGCGAGCAGAAAUGAAGCUAUAACACACACACAUUCUAUAACUAUAACACACACACACACACACACUGCGUCUGAAGCCGUCGCUCUGCAGCACCAUGAAGAAAAGCUCUCUAAAUUUCCUGAACCGGAAACCUCAGAACCUGUUUGACACCGGGGUCCAGAUCAAACACUUUGAAAAUGUAGAGUUAGUGCUGGACUCGGCAGCCAUCCCAGAGUCCGGCACGGCCAAAGUCCGGUCCAGACCCACCGUCAAACACUUCAGCACAUCUGGAGAUGGUGCUCUGGGAUUUGCGGUUCCCACCCCAACAGUUCCUGUUCUUCCACCACUAAACGGACCCCAGAGCGGAAACACAGGAAGCCAUGAGAGACUUCCAAACGGAGGCAUGAUCAGUAUUGCAGACCCUGAGGAAGGACAGAUCUUGAUUCCUGCUCCACCUUCUAUGGCUCCUCCACCACCACCACCCCAGUUCAUCCCUCCAUCACCCCAAUAUAUCCCUCCUCCACAGGAAUUCUUUGGGAACAAGGACCCAUCUAUAGAUCUUGCAGCGCUGCAACCACCAUCCAUGCCUCCUCCCAAACCACCAUCACUAACUGGCUCCACAACAUCAGAGGAGCUGGACCCAGUCUUCAUCAAGCCCCCACCGAUGGCUCCUCCAAAACCUCCCAGCGAUAUCUCCAGCCUGAGGUCCUCUGUCCCCAUCUCCAGCCCUUUAAUUUCUGCCCAAGACAUCCCAGAAUGCCCCACCUUCACUCCUCCACUACCUCCAAUGGAGAAGCCAGAGUCUCCACUUCUCAGAAAUGCCCAGAAGACACCGCCUCCAAAACCUGUGAGGCUGUCCUCCAUCUAUAAUUUUGAGUUACCCCCAACUCCUACACCCGCAGCAACCCCAGCUUCCAGCUUCAACCCUCAGACCACAGCCAAGCUCUACAGCGUGCCAAAAACAACAGUGCUCAGCAACCAAACUGACAAGGAGGUAAGAACCCAGCACAUCCUGCUGCUAGAGGACACUUCUGGGAACCCAGUUGGGGUUCACAUCAAUGGGAAGGCCUCUUCCUCAGUAAAGGAGGUCAGUCCAGGUCAAGAUGUGGUACCCCCAGUCAAGCCAGUGCGACGAAACAGCUCAGGCAUCCAGCUAGAGAAAGACGUAGAAGACUUGAACAAGAACUUGCCAGAAUUGCCCGGAACAACCAUCAGUGGCGAGCCUGCAAAAGUGACGAUUCCGCAAGAAGUCCCGAAUAAGAUCCAAAGCUCUGUCAGAAGUUCCCCCAACACAGAACGGUCUCAAAAUAUCCCACCGGUUCAAGAAAUCAGUCAAGUCAAUGAACGGCCAGCAUCUCCAAGCAGAACACGCUCCUACAGUCCGUUACUGAGCCACAAGCUGCAAACCUUGCGAGGUCAUGAGGGAUCCAGUGGGAAAGAAGCUUCUACAUCCCCACUUGCCCUUCUAAUGGCCGCCAAGAACCGAGACAAGCACCGGUCUGGCUUGUCUAGACAGAGCAGCAACAAGAGCAACAGCUCUGCUGAAUCCCUGAACGUUAGCGUCCAACCUAAUGAGACCAAACCCAACUCCUUCACCAUCACCCCAAUUCCUGCUUCCUCAGAAAGUCUUCUCCGCACAGAGCCCAAACAAGCCAUCUCAGCAGAGCCCAAACCCCAAAGCCCAAAGAUUCCCAAACAAGAACCUUCCCAAGUCCCCCAACCUGUACUUUCCAUCAGUCCUGUGAAGCAAGAGGACAAUGAGUCUGCCAUUCCUUUCAUCCCACCUCCACCUGAGUUCGCUAACUCUGAUUCGGAAGAUGACGUUCCACCAAGCACACCGCCACCUGCUCCACCGGCAAAGAGUGUUGCUCAACCGCUCAUCAAUGGCCCUUCUGUUACUCCAAACGACAAAUUAUCCAGCACUUAUACAGCACCACCACCUACAUCUGUUACCAGGACUGAACCCAUACUCAAACAAGUGGUGCUAAGCAAACCAAAAGCCCCAACAGGACAGCCACCAGUCCAACCACAGACCCAAACACAAGCUGUACCAAUGGCCCAAACCAAAAAUCAACUUCCAGUUCAACCAACAGUCCAACCUAAAUUCCAAUUUCCAGCACAAACCCCAGCCCAACUCAAAACUCAACUUCCACCUGCACCAACUAUCCAACCUGCAGCUCCACCAACAACCCAACCUCCAGCUCCGCCAACAAUCCAACCUCCACCUCCUCCAACAACCCAACCGCCAGCUCCUCCAUCAACUCAACCUCCAGCUCCUCCACCAACCAAACCCAAAGCCCAAAUCCCAUUUCCACCUCCAGUCCAACCCAAAACCCAAACCCAAGCUCCACCACCAACUCAACCCAAAGCCCAAAUCCCAGCUCCACCCCCAGUCCAACCCAAAACCCAAACCCAAGCUCCACCACCAACUCAACCCAAAGCUCAAAUCCCAGUUCCACCCCCAGUCCAACCCAAAACCCAAACCCAAGCUCCACCACCAACUCAACCCAAAACCCAACCCCCAGCUCAGACCCCCGCAUCGGUCUCGGCCAGCCAGGCCACCCUGCUAAGCAUCCUGCAAAAGAAGAUGCUAGAAAUGGACUCCAAGUUUGCUCCAGUAAAGGAGGCGGACCCCAACAGUGACGAGUGGAACUCCCCUCUGUCUGAUGAUGAUGGGGCGGCUGGUUUUCCUCUAAAAUCUACAGCUAAACCCAAGAGUGCCACCCUGCCCAUGCAGACCCGAGGACUGGACAUGAAGGAACUGGAGAACAAAGUGGCGAAGAAAGCUCAGGAUAUGAGUAUCAAAGCUCCAGCCAGCAACGGCCCUCAAUCCAAGCAUCCGUACGGCAUGACGUUCACCGUGAGACCCGGAACCAAACAGCCCAUCACUCCUGUGAUAAAGACGGACUGAACCCGGCCAGAACCUCACUGAACUUCCAGAACCAGUACCUCACUGCAGGAGAAGCUGUUUGAUGCUUUAAUGCUUGUAUAUAUGAAGAAGGAAGCUUUUGUAAGACUGAGCAUCGGUUCCCACAAGGAAUAAUGGAGAACUCUGCAUGAAAAAGGAGCUUCAGUGGACUUUCCCCCGGUCGUGGGCAUAAUUGGACCUCCUGAAAAUCUAUCCUUGUGGUUUUGCUGCAGAACAGCAGGUGUUUUGUUCCCGCGGCUGGAUUGAAUUUCUCCUCUAUGUGCUGAUGUGUGUAUGCGAGUGUGUGUGAGAGUGUGUAAGUGUGUAUGCGAGUGUGUGUGUGCCAAAGCCUAGGCUGGAUUUGUCCUCUGCAGGUCUUACACACUCGGCUGAUUCCUUAUCUGAGGGUAAACAGCACAAUCCGCCCACUUUCUGCGCUUAUUUUAUACGUUUUAAAACAGACCCUGUGGAGGAAAGCAGGACUGUGUACCGUCGCCUUCGGGUCUCAUUCAGGUCAAACUGUUUUACUGAACUCUACUGUUAUUAUCUAUUAUUAUUCAGCUGCUGCUGCUGCUAGAACCUCCACAAAACCUGGAAACGGACUGGAGAGAAUGUGUACAGAUAACACACAGGGUGGAGGGUGUAUAAUAUAUACAGCUCUGGAAAAAAAAAAGAAAACACCCAUUAAAAAUGAUGAGUUUCUUUGAUUUUACCAAAUUAAAAAACUCUUUGACUCUUUCGCAAGCCAUCAAACCAAGCUGAACUGCUUGAAGUUAUCCAAAAGCAGUGUGUAAGACUAGUGGAGGAGAACAUGAUGCCAAGAUGCAUGAACACUGAUUAAAAAACAUUUCUGAACACUUAAAACUUUAUGAAUAUGAACUUGUUUUUUCUUUGUAUUAUUUGAGGUCUGAAAGCUCUGUAUCCUUUUUUGUUAUUUCAGUCAUUUCUCAUUUU